UCACCAUCAGCAGCUGCACACACACACACACACACACGCACACACACGCACACACAGCUCAGCUGGAGCCAGACUGAACACCACUGAAGCUGAAGCAUGGACAGCCCCGUGUGCCUGAUAGACACCGCCAGCGAUGGGAAGCUGUGUGUGCAGCCGGCGGCGCUGCAGCUCCUCCAGCAGAUCCAGCAGCCGGUGGUGGUGGUGGCCGUGGUGGGGCUCUACCGCACCGGGAAGUCCUACCUGAUGAACCGGCUGGCGGGAAAACACAGCGGGUUUGCGCUGGGCAGCACCAUUGAGUCCAAGACCAAGGGCAUCUGGAUGUGGUGUGUUCCCCAUCCCACUAAAGCAGAGACCACCCUGCUGCUGCUGGACACCGAGGGGCUCGGAGACGUGGACAAGGGCGACUCGAAGCACGACACCAUCAUCUUUAGUCUGGCGGUUCUGCUGAGCAGCACUCUGGUGUUCAACAGCCGAGGAACCAUCGACAACAAGGCCAUCGAGGAGCUCCAAUAUGUGACUGAGCUGACGGAGUAUAUCAAGGUCAAAUCCCCUGAUGAAGCUGUAGAUGAUUCAGAGUUUGUCAAGUUCUUCCCGAGCUUCAUCUGGGCGGUGCGGGACUUCACCCUGGAGCUGAAGAUCGACGGUGAAGACGCAACAGAGGAUCAAUACCUGGAGUUCGCUCUCAAGCUGAAAACAGGAAACUCAGUCCAAGUGAAGAAUUACAACCUCCCGAGAGAGUGCAUCCGGAAAUACUUCCCGUCCCGCAAGUGUUUCACCUUCCCUUUUCCGAGCCAUCCGGACAGAGUGUGUGACUUGGAGUCCCUGGACCCGGUGGAGAUCUCCGACAGGUUUCUGGAGGUCAGCGAUCGCUUCUCCCAGUUCAUCUAUGAGCAGAGCCCAGUGAAGCUCCUGAAGGAUGGGCACACGGUCACCGGCAGAGUUCUGGGUCAUCUAGCGGAGCUGUACGUGAACACCAUCUCCAGCGGGGCGGUGCCGUGUCUGGAGAACGCAGUGGUGGCGCUGGCCCAGAUAGAGAACCAGGCGGCGCUGCAGGAGGCUCUGCAGGUGUACCAGGGGGGAAUGGAGGAGAAGAAGAGAGCCUUCCCUCUGGAGCUGGAGGAAAUCUCUCUGGAGCACCAGUGCUUCAGUCUGAUGGCCAAACAAACCUUCAUGAUCCGCUGCUUCAGGGACACUGACGGCACACACCUAACGUCUUUAGAGGAGGCCAUCGGUCAGGAGUUUGAUCGCUAUCUGUGGGACAAUGAGAAGGCUUCAGAAGCCAAAUGUGAAAAUCUUCUAUCGGUUCUGUCUGAGCCGAUGACAGAGAGGAUCAGCGAAGGGUUCUACGCCAGGAGCGGAGGCUACGACCUGUUCUGCUGUGACCUGGAGGACACUGUCAGUCAGUACAACACACUGGCCUAUAAAGAAGUCAAGAUUGCUGAGGUGUUGGAGAAGUUUCUUCAGCAGAAGGCUGCAGUUACCACUGCCAUCCUGCAGGCGGACGAUAAACUAACAGAAAACGAUAGGAAGAUCUGUGAGGAGCGUGAGCGGGCGGUUCUCCUGGAGCAGCAGGUGGAGGUGCAGGAGCAGACACGGCUGCAGCUGGAGCAGCAGAUGGAGACUCAGCAGCGCAAUAAUGAAGAGCAGAUCCAGCAGAUGCUGCAGCAGAUGCAGACGGAGCUCAGCCUGCAGCAGACACACAUGCAGCGCGCACUGGACUGCAAGCUGAAAGAGCAGGCGCAUAUGCUGGAGCAGGGCUUCCAGGAGCAGGCGCACCGCAUGGGCACGGAGAUCCAGCAGCUGCAGAACAGGAACCGGGAGCUGGAGGACCGCAGGAACCAGGAGCUGGCCCAGAUGAUGGAGGCGCAGGAGCAGAGGAACAACGAGAAGAUGGAGAUCCUGAGACAGCAGCACCAGCAGCAGAUCCAGGCCAUCAACAGCAGACCCAGACCUGCUUCUCGAUCCUGCAGCAUACAGUGAAGAACACACACCAUACACACACACACACACACACACACACACACACACACACACACACACACACACACACACACACACACACACACACACA